GCCGUGGCACCGGCGCCAUGCUGAACAACCUGACCGACUGCGAGGACGGCGACGGCGGCGCCAGCCAAGGCGAUGGCAAUCCCAAGGAGAGCAGCCCCUUCAUUAACAGCACGGACCUGGAGAAGGGCAAAGAGUACGAUGGCAAGAACAUGGCCCUCUUCGAGGAGGAGAUGGACACAAGCCCUAUGGUCUCGUCCCUGUUGAGUGGACUGGCCAAUUACACCAACCUGCCACAGGGCAGCCGGGAGCACGAGGAGGCUGAGAACAAUGAUGGAGGCAAGAAGAAGCCGGUGCAGGCCCCACGGAUGGGCACCUUCAUGGGUGUCUACCUGCCCUGCCUCCAGAACAUCUUUGGAGUCAUCCUCUUCCUGCGUCUCACCUGGGUGGUGGGGAUUGCUGGCAUCAUGGAGUCAUUCUGCAUGGUCUUCCUCUGCUGCUCCUGCACGAUGCUGACGGCCAUUUCCAUGAGCGCGAUCGCCACCAACGGAGUGGUGCCAGCGGGUGGCUCCUACUACAUGAUCUCACGCUCCCUGGGACCUGAGUUUGGUGGGGCUGUGGGGCUCUGCUUCUACCUGGGCACCACCUUUGCCGGUGCCAUGUACAUCCUGGGCACCAUUGAAAUCCUGCUGGCCUACAUCUUCCCAGCCAUGGCCAUCUUCAAGGCAGAGGACGCCAGCGGGGAGGCAGCUGCCAUGCUCAACAACAUGCGUGUGUACGGCACCUGUGUGCUGACCUGCAUGGCCACUGUCGUGUUCGUGGGUGUCAAGUACGUCAACAAAUUCGCCCUGGUCUUUCUGGGCUGUGUCAUCCUCUCCAUCCUUGCCAUCUAUGCUGGUGUCAUCAAAUCAGCCUUUGACCCACCAAGCUUCCCGAUCUGCCUCCUGGGCAACAGGACCCUCUCACGCCAUGGCUUUGACCUCUGCACCAAGAUGGUGGUGGAGGGGAAUGAGACAGUUGGCUCCAAGCUCUGGGAGCUUUUCUGCACCUCCCGCUUCCUCAAUGCGACCUGUGAUGAGUACUUCACCAUGAACAACGUCACUGAGAUCGAGGGCAUUCCUGGCGCUGCCAGCGGCCUCAUCCAAGAGAACCUCUGGAGCUCAUACCUGACCAAAGGCGUGAUCGUGGAGAAGCGGGGUCUUCCCUCAGUGAGCUCCCCCGACACCCCAGUGGACAUGGACCAGCCCUACGUCUUCAGCGACAUGACGUCCUACUUCACCCUGCUCGUCGGCAUCUACUUCCCCUCGGUCACAGGCAUCAUGGCUGGCUCCAACCGCUCUGGAGAUCUGCGGGAUGCCCAGAAGUCCAUCCCCACGGGCACCAUCCUGGCCAUUGCCACCACCUCUGCAGUCUAUAUCAGCUCUGUUGUCCUUUUUGGAGCAUGCAUCGAGGGGGUUGUCCUGCGUGACAAGUUUGGUGAGGCCGUCAACGGGAACCUGGUGGUUGGCACCCUGGCGUGGCCGUCCCCGUGGGUCAUUGUCAUUGGCUCGUUCUUCUCCACCUGUGGGGCUGGGUUGCAGAGUCUCACCGGAGCCCCCCGCCUCCUGCAGGCCAUCUCCAGGGAUGGGAUCGUACCCUUCCUCAGGGUUUUCGGUCAUGGCAAAGCCAACGGGGAGCCGACGUGGGCCCUGCUGCUCACAGCCUGCAUCUGCGAGAUCGGGAUCCUGAUCGCCUCUCUGGACGAGGUGGCUCCCAUCCUCUCCAUGUUCUUCCUCAUGUGCUACAUGUUUGUCAACCUGGCAUGUGCGGUGCAAACGCUGCUGCGGACGCCCAACUGGCGGCCCCGCUUCCGCUACUACCACUGGACCCUGUCCUUCCUGGGCAUGAGCCUCUGCCUGGCACUGAUGUUCAUCUGUUCCUGGUACUAUGCACUGGUGGCCAUGCUGAUCGCCGGCCUCAUCUACAAAUACAUCGAGUACCGUGGGGCAGAGAAGGAGUGGGGUGAUGGGAUCCGGGGUCUAUCCCUGAGUGCAGCACGCUACGCCCUGUUGCGGUUGGAGGAAGGGCCCCCGCACACCAAAAACUGGAGGCCACAGCUGCUGGUGUUGGUCCGUGGGGAUCAGGAGCAGAACGUGGUGCACCCGCAGCUCCUGUCCUUCACAUCGCAGCUCAAGGCUGGCAAGGGCCUCACUAUCGUGGCCUCUGUGUUAGAAGGGACCUUCCUGGACAAUCACCCUCAGGCGCAGAGGGCGGAGGAGUCCAUCCGGCGCCUGAUGGAAGCAGAGAAGGUGAAGGGCUUUUGUCAGGUGGUGAUCUCCUCUAACCUGCGGGAUGGCAUGUCUCACCUCAUCCAGUCCAGCGGGCUGGGGGGGCUGCAGCACAACACAGUGCUGGUGGGCUGGCCCCGCAGCUGGCGCCAGAAGGAGGACCACCAGACCUGGAGGAACUUCAUUGAGCUGGUGCGAGAGACCACAGCUGGGCACCUGGCCUUGCUGGUGGCCAAGAACGUUGCCAUGUUUCCGGGCAACCAGGAGCGGUUCUCGGAGGGCCACAUCGACGUCUGGUGGAUUGUCCAUGAUGGGGGCAUGCUGAUGCUGCUGCCCUUCCUCCUGAGGCAGCACAAGGUGUGGCGUAAGUGCAAGAUGCGCAUCUUCACGGUGGCACAGAUGGAUGACAACAGCAUCCAGAUGAAGAAGGACCUGACCACAUUCCUGUACCACCUGCGCAUCACCGCCGAGGUGGAGGUGGUGGAGAUGCAAGAGAGUGAUAUCUCUGCCUACACCUAUGAGAAGACACUGGUGAUGGAGCAGCGUUCCCAGAUCCUCAAACAAAUGCACCUCACCAAGAAUGAGCGGGAGCGGGAGAUCCAGAGCAUCACAGAUGAGUCCCGUGGCUCCAUCCGGCGCAAGAACCCGGCCAACACACGCCUGCGCCUGAACGUCCCCGAGGAGCAGGCUGCUGAUGGCGAGGAGAAGCCAGAGGAGGAGGUCCAACUAAUCCAUGACAAGAACGCCACCACCUUCUCCAGCAGCUCUCAGUCCCCUGGUGAUGAGGUGGAGGCAGCCCCUGAAAAAGUGCAUCUCACCUGGACCAAGGAGAAGUCCGUUGCUGAGAAGAACAAGAGCAAGAGCCCUGUCAGCCCUGAGGGCAUCAAGGACUUCUUCAACAUGAAGCCGGAGUGGGAGAACCUGAACCAGUCCAACGUGCGGAGGAUGCACACGGCUGUGAAGCUCAAUGAGGUGAUUGUGAAGAAGUCCCAGAGCGCCAAGCUGGUCCUGCUGAACAUGCCAGGGCCUCCCCGUAACCGGAAAGGGGAUGAGAACUACAUGGAGUUCCUGGAGGUGCUGACGGAGCGUCUGGACAGAGUGCUCCUGGUGCGUGGUGGGGGCCGGGAGGUCAUCACCAUCUACUCCUGAAAGACGGCGCGAGAGAGCACCAGAUCUUCCGGGAGCAUCCAGCACCAGAGCAGCUGUUCCUCAUUGCAACACCACAGCACUGCUGUCCUUGUUUAUAUAUAAAUAUAUACAGUGAACCGCGGACUGAGCACCAGAGCUCGGCACUGCCGCCGCCGCCACCGCCCGCCCGGGCAGAGCCAGCCCCUGGCCAGCCCCAGCACUGCCGUGCGGCCCCUGGCCGGGCAGGAGCGCGGCCGUGCCCGGACGGACCUUGGCCUCACCGUGCUGCUACUCCUGCACAGACUGGGCUGGACGCGCCCGUGCCCUGUCCCGCCGCCGGCGCCGUGCCUCCCUGCGAGGCGCUGCAGAAGAGAGAGCUCAGCUCACCCCGCUGCCCUCGCUCCUGUCCCGGCUCCAGCAGCGCCCGGAGCUGCCUCGCACGGCGCUGCACCCGCGCUGCCCCUCACCGCCCCGGUCCGGACAGCCCCGCCUCUCCGCUGCCUCGGACAGAGCGCGGGCUGAGCUGGUGGAGAUGCAGCACGAUGGUUUGGAGGAGGCAGAGGGUGGGGGGCGGCUGUUUGGGGUCAGGUGCUGGAGCACAACAAGGCCGUGAGAACAGGAGCCCUGACCUAGGGUGGUUGGGGGUGUUCCCUGUCCCCCCUGCCUGACUCCAGGCUCUCUUGCGCAGGAGUCGCGGUGUGGAGCUGCGGUGUCGGGAUCCACCCGGGAUGCUGGGGACCCCGGGUAGCUGCUCUGGCCUGGCACAGGGUUGUCCUGGACCCCCACCCUCCUCCCCCACCGCACUAAACUGGGGACUCUCAGGGCCCAGCACCCGCACAUGUGUCUGGGUUCCCCCUGUGCCCCGCUGCACUCCCUGCUGCUCCCUCGGCUUCUCUGCUAACCUAGCCCUGGCUGCGGCCCCAGGCAGUCGCAGAUGUGGGGGCUGUAAGACACUCUGGAUCUGUGUGUAUUUUUAACAUAUGCAAAGGCUGCUUGCUGAUCUGACCAGCAAGACGCCACAGCGAGGUGGGGGCUGUAGAGGUCCCAUCGCCCCCGGGCAUCAUGGCACUCCCUCACACGGCUGGCCAGGGCAGCCCCGGCACCAGCCACGCCACAGCCGCCAGCCCCCACAGGGGCAGCAGAGCCCCCCGGGGCAGAUCAAACACCUCUUAUCUUUGGCAGCAGCUGCAGGGUCACCCCGUCACCGUCCCCCCACCCCCUCACCCCGCCAGCAUCUCUCAACAGAAGAGAAACUGAGGCGCUUUUAACAAAUGUGAACGGUUCCAGGAACCACGCAGGAAGCGGUGCGAGGGCAGCAGGGUGCCGCUGGCGCCCGCCCCAGCCCCAUGUACAUAGUGUACAUAAUACAGUACGUGUAUUUUUAAAGUGAUCAUAUUUAUGUUAAUAGAACCAGAUGAAGUCUAUAUAUAGAGAUCUAUAUCUAUUCUGAGAGAUGCAGGGCUCUGCUAGCACCAGGCCACAGGGACGGGGAGCUGAGCCGGGCUGCUCCUGCACAAACCAGGAGCCCAUCCGUUGCACCGAGCGCUCCAGAGUGGUGGUGGAGGCUGCAGCCUUCCCCGGCCACCAGCAGCCCCUGGGAAAGGGCCAGGUCGCAGGUUUAUUCUCUUCUCAAUUUAGCUUCUUAAGAGUUUUCAGGGAAAAGAAGUCACAGACUUUUCUGAACUUGUUUCACAGCAGAUUUGAGCUUCCACUCAAAGUGCAGCCUGCUAAGAGUUGCCCUCUCCCGGCAGCACUGGCGGUUUUGUACCAGCCUGGGCCCUGGGGCAGCACUUUGUCCCUGGCCAGAGCUGAGCCCCUGUGCUGAAGCACUCGCCCCCCAGCCCCUCCAGACGCUCCCCAGUGCUGUUCUGCACUGCAGCAGGUGCAGGGGGAGCGAGUACUGCUUCAGCAUCCCCAUGGGUGUCCAUCCAGGCAGCAGCUGCCUCCUGCCUGGCACAGGCAGCCCUGACUGGUCCCAGCUCCCUGCAUACCCGAAUCCCUGCCAACCUUGGCUCCUGCCUCCCUGAGAACAGGAAAUCCCCCUGCACUGGCCACUUCAGCCCCUGCUCCCUUUCAGAGCUCCUCUACUCCAGGUCCAGGCCAAAGCUAUUUGGGGAUGCUUGGAUAAAAAGCAGUGGGUUUUUUGAUGUUGGAUUUUUUUUUUUUUUUUGCUAUAAGAUACUACUUGGACGCACUCCUUGACCAAAACCAAGCCCCAGCUGCACAUUUGUGCCUGCUCAUACCUUGCUCCUACAUUUCCAUCACUCCCGAAGUGCCUCCCUUCUCUCCAGGAGCAGUCCCAGUCACAGCCAGAGUUUCUGCCAGGGUAGCUCGGCUGCCUGUGUGGUUGCAGGUCUGUGUCACAGAUGCUGCUGUGGAAGCCGCUGUGGAAGUCCCUGAACAUGGGGAGCUCAGCAUUUACAGGGGAACUGUCAGGCUGAGCUGAGACCUGGCUUCAGCACAGGAGCUCAGGGCUGACAAAUGGUGCAGAUGCACAGGGCAGCACUUUCCAGUCCUUCUGCUGCCUCAGCAGCCCGGGAGCUGUGAGAAGAGCAGGUAGGGGUCUGCAGGUGAAAAGUUCCUUUAGUUUUGGGAAGGGCAACCCAUGGGAACCAGCAUUUGCCAGUGCCCAGUUCCUCUGCCCUUUAGAGCUGGCCCUAUACCACCAAACAAGCUCAUGGGCUGUUUCCAGCCUCCCAAAAUUACUUCAGGCACUUAAGCAGCAGCGGGGGAGGCACAGCAGCCUACCCACACAGCUCAUGUGUUAGCAUCAUGUUGUUGGGCCUCGAGCACUUGCCAGCUGCUCUGCCUCUUCACAAGAUGCCACUCAGUCCCUGCAGUUGCCCUCUAAUUGUAGCUUGGCUGCUGCCCCCUCUGCUGCUGGGCCUGAGGCAGUGAGCACCAUCCCCUCCUGCCCUGGCACAUGGCACAGGGCAGAGGGCAGGGGCAGGUUAUGCACAGCCUCUGCUGAGCCUGCAGACAGCACCCACCCUCACAGCAUCAGGUGAGAGGCUCCUCGUUGGCUGCAGGUACAGGGCAGCCAGGAAUGACACUUGCAGAGCAGUGGUGAGAGCAGCCAGGGCACACUUCUGACAUGUUUGCUUCACCCCCCCAGCAUCACCAGUGGAUCCCAUUCCCCUCAGCAUCACUUCCAUCCUGACGGCAAAGCCAUGGUCCCGGCUCCCCCAGGGAGUAGGAAGGCCAUUCCUUUCCAUCACUACUGCUGACAAAAGGCAUUCCCCUUCCCCAUCCUUCAGCAAGAGCAGGGGCACAGCUCUGGACAGAGUCAGGGCUGUUCCCACACCCCUGCCAGGCAGUUUGGCUGUGGCAAGACAGGAGCUGGUUUCCACAGCGUGUCCCCUCGCCGUCGGCUGGAGAGGGCCAAUUUUAGCAGACAGCACUGCAUGUUAGUUUACAAACCCAGCCCUGCACGUUUGGCCUCUGUGAGUGUUCAGUUUCCCCAUGGAGCACCCUUCUGCCGCUCCACCGUGGUGAAGACAGUGUCCUCCUCUGGUAGACAUGCAAGUUCCUCCUUGGCACAUGCGCAGACACGGUCCGGUUUUUGUUCCAGACAGGAAGGUCUUGACCCCCCAGUUUGUUUUACAGGCAGGCUGCUGCUGGAGCAGCACUGAGCAGCACAACCCAGGGGAGGGUGGGCUGGAGUGUGGCCACAGCCGGCAGGGAGUGUUUGGUCAGCACACAGUGCUGGUGGCAUGUGCUCCAGUCCCUCCUGCAAGAGAGCCAAGCAGCCCUGGCCCCUGUGAAUGGCAGUGGGCAGCUCGGGUCACUGUGGAGGGCAGCUCAGGUCGCUGUGGCCACCAUGCAACACAGGCAGCAAGCCACAGAGCAGCAGGGACAGGAGACACAGGCAGCAUCCAGCCUGGGCAGGUGCUGGUCAUGGCUGGAUGAGAGGAAGGACAAGAGAAUGCACAAAGGCAAGAGUUGCACUAGAAGAGUCAAGACCCUCCUCUGUGUAGCAGGACUAAAAACUGGCAGAAAGACCAAAAGGUCUGAGAUCUGCUGGUUACAACACUUUCUGUGCUACAUGUGCAAUAUAUUUGUUAUGAAUGUUAUCACAAAGUCGGUUCAUUCAAUACUCUUUUAAUCACUGUAGCUAGAUGUUCUCUGUCCAUUCAAGUGACUUUUAUUCGAGUGCAAUAUUUCAAUAGACAUGUAGUGACCUAGAAUGCUUUGUGUUUUAGAGAAUCUGUGUGCAGAGCAAUGCAAUUAAGUUUAAAACCUUGUAAAUAAAACAGGUUGCAAACCAAAAAAAAGACCCUAUUAGGCUUGUAUUUAAUUUCUGUGUGUAUUUCAGUGUUGUGCAUUAGGCCGCUCCAGUGCAGACCCUGUGUUCUCUGUGCAGGUGUUCAUGGAGGAGUGGCUCCUCAGCUGUUGAAUGCUCCCUGUUACUGCUUUACUGCUUUACUGCUUUACCUGUAUUCAUUUUUCUAGACUCCUGUCUGCACAAAAUGCAAUAAAUGAUUUUAUUACACCCUUCA